GCACGCUCAAGAGUUUAUAUUCUUGUUUGCCUUGUAACUAGAAAUGGAUUGGAAAUCCGUUCUAUACAUGUUUGGAGAAAAAGAAAAAAAAAAAAAUUUUCCCUAUCACAUGAUAUUGAUUGUCAUUGGACUUAUUGGCUCAGAAAAAAUAGUUGAGAAUGACUUUGAAUGCCCUUGCCGUGAAGACUUUAGAGAGAUCAUUUUCUGGUUCUACCUGAUAAUCCCUGGGAUUACUGCAUUUACCAUCACUUUUUACAUUGUGUCUAAAUCGCAUGGAUCAAAGAAGACAAGAGAGGAGGAAAGACAGGAAAAAUGUCGGAAACUACAGGAAGGACGUGUUGAAAAACAGGAUGAAGGUCAGGAAAGACAGGAGGAAUGUCAGAACCUACAGGAAGGACAUAUUGAAAGACAGGAUGAAGGUCAGGAAAGACAGGAGGAAUGUCAGAACCUACAGGAAGGAUGUAUUGAAAGAGAGGAUGAAGGUCAGGAAAGACAGGAGGAAUGUCAGAACCUACAGGAAGGAUGUAUUGAAAGAGAGGAUGAAGGUCAGGAAAGACAGGAGGAAUGUCAGAACCUACAGGAAGGAUGUGUUGAAAGACGGGAUGAAAGUCAGGAAGGACAGGAGGAAAGACAUCAGUGCAAAGAUCGCUGUUAUGUGCACUGGGCAAUGACGUUUGGGACCAGUGUCUUCAUAAGUCUCCUUUGGGUGGUCCUGUUUUUCACUGAUGGCAGAUAUGUUGAAUGUAGGUAUGGCAAACUAAACGAAAAUUAUGCUUAUUCAUCAGAGAAAGUCUGCAGUUACUACAUUAGCAUUUCUAAGAUUCUAGGUUUCUCUCUCAUGCUGAUACUGUCAGUUUUGGCACUGGCUUUAAAAUGCUGCCACCCGUGCUUACAUAGCUGCUGCCUUAAACGUUGCCAGAACAAGUGCUUAACAUGUUGCAGUGUGUGCUGUGACGAAUUCUGCGAUGAAAGCUGCAAGGAAUUCUACACUGAAUGCUAGGCUUCUCUGUCAAGCUGAUACUGUCAGUUUUGGCACCGGUUUUAAAAUGCUGCCACCUGACUGCUGCGAUGAAUGACAAUCUUGUUCAUCCAAGCUCUUCCUGGCAGUUUCAUUGUAUUAAAAGUGUACAAACCAUAGUAGUAAGCAGACUUUGCUAUGAACUGCUUUCAUCUCACAACUGAGUGGAUAUUUCUUGGUGACCAUGAGAAAAGAAUGUCACAAUGUUUUCAGAUCUUAUAUUUUAGCUUAAUUUCUUUUCAGAUUGUUAAACAAAAAUACAGGAUUUCUGUGCUCAAGAGAAAUUGUAAUGCAUAUCACGUAUACCUCCCAAAGCAUAUACAAGUCAGUUUUCAUUAUUUUUAGCAAAUAAUUUGUUUAUUUUGAAAAUAAUAACUGAGUUAGUUACUUUUUUAAGAAAAUACUGAAAACUCAAAUCACAAAAUUCUGACUGUAAACACUGCUUUGUAGCUGACCCAUGCUAUAGCUUGAAUAUGACUUUGUAACAGAUUUUUGUUUGAUAUUGAGUGCUAGCUACAUAAGCUGUUUCCCAUACAUUAUCCGUUUCCUGUAAUGCUAUGCAAACAUUUCCUACUUAAUGUUCAUGCACACAUUAGACAUAUGUUCUGUAAAGUUCAAUGUAAUUGCUGUAGUUAUUCUUUUACAGCUGCAUUUUUGUUAUUACUGUAUAAUGUGCUAUAUAACCUUAUAAUAUUGUUCUUUAGUGCAAUCAUUUGUAGCAAUUCUUUUAUGCCUACAGUUACCAACAGUUUUUCAUCUUGUGCUGUACCCUUAUAUGCAGUAAUUUCCUACAUCCUGUCUCAGCAGCGAACUAACAGUCUGGUUAAGGUAGAAGGAGCAACUUUGUGAAACAAGCUUCAAAGUUUUAUUUGAAAUGAUUUUUGAAAAUCAUUUGAUCUUUGUUUUUGUUGUGGAAAAAUGGGUGUACUGUAACAAAAUAAAGCCAAGUUUUACUUCUACA